AUGUCGUUCAACUAUGAUGCCGGGUACGGCGAAAAAGAUGUAAUCGGAAUGUUCGACUCCAUCGCUCCAAACUGGCGGAAGUCAACCGGUGAUGUGGCAGGGCUGGAGACUGGCCGACUCUACGAGGCACUGAAGCGCAUGUACGAGGAGUGGAAAGCGUUGGAAGACUUCGAGGUCCUGGACAGGAACUUCCAAGCACUACUGGCGCUUGCGGCAGCAACAUCAUGGUUCACGAAGGAGCAGCUGGAUGAUAUUGACACCUGGCUAGGCGAGGUGGCUGAUUGCGGAGAAGCAGAGGAUUGGAUGCAGCACUUCCCGGAGGAGGAGCUGCGAGAAGUCGUGCUCGAGAAGCUCAGGGCAAGAGAAGCGCAGGUGGUCUUCGACACUGUCGCCAAAGCGAUCUCCGUGGAGUACGAAGGUGGCAAUUUCGGCACUGGCCGCCAUGAUGGUAGCAUCCAGCUGAACGAUGACGGACUGACGAUCCGGGACUCCCGGGAGCCCGGCAAGUCGAUGGUCUUCCUGGGCGACCUCCCAGAGGAUCCUGCGCAAUUGGGCAAAGCACUGGGCAGCAGGAACUGGGACGAGCACUGGGACGAGGACUGCACGGCUGAUCGGCGGCCAAUCCUCCCAGAGGAAGCAGCAGCUUUCUUCCAUGCCAUUGAUGCCCGCGAUGCUGCUGGGUUUGGCAUCCGCAAACUUGCAACUCUGGACAUAGACGGCCUCCACGAGGCCCCCGCAUGCAUCAGCUGGGAACGCAGCAUCAGCCUUAUCUAUUAUGCAGCCUGGCGAAAGCGUGAUCACUUCGUCAAUGCUCUACUUCACGCGCGGGCAAAUCCGUCUGUGCGGGAUGAAGGCCUGUCCAGCUCAAAGCCGGCCGGCGAGGACGCGGCACGUCAGAUCGUGGAUUCCCUCCGCCGCUCGGCCUGGUGCGAACAUGGUAUGGAAUCGGCAGCCGUGGCCUCAGAUGCGUCAUCGCUCGGAGCAACCACCGAAGUCUGGCUAAUGCGGGCACUCGUGCAGCUGCGCUUCCGUGGGCGACGAGUAGAGUCCACGAGACACUGCGAGGUUGCGAAGCAUGCCUUUGGCAGCGAGCAGCACGCAUCGCCAGCUGCCGAGGUGCCGGCCCUGGUGUCGGAGGCGAAGAGCGGCUACGCUCAAAGCGCGAGCGCACCGGAGAAGAAGGAGGAUUGGAACUGUUCCCAUUGUGGUUAUGUGAACUUUGCAAGACGCCAGACAUGCCGAAACUGCGAUUCGCUUCGGAAUGGCGCUCUGGAAAAUGGAGAUGUUCCGGCAGCGGAUGAGCGCUCAUCCUGCGCCGUGGACGAGGAACAGACGUUGCUGAAGCGUUGGGAAGCCUGGGCCGCCUCCACAAGACGGGAGGCCAUGCUGGAGCAGUUCCUGACACUCCCAGAGGCUGAGGCCCCCGAGGCGGCUCCCAAGGUCUUGAAAGCUCCGAGGUUCCAGGCCCAGCAUCCACGGGAGGCGGCCUCAGCGCACCUGGGUGCUACGCAGCAGGAGCGCACCGCAGAACUGCACAAGGCAGCGGCAGCAGGGGACACGCUCCGUUUGCUCGCUCUCUUCGAGGCCGGAGUAGACGUGGACGCUGUGAACGAGUACGGCCAGUCGCCAGUCUUCCUGGCAGCGUAUCACGAUGCGGCGGAGGUAAUCUCGCUGCUGGUAUGGGCCGGUGCAGACAUUGACCGGCCGGCAAACGGAGGCACGUCUGCCUGGGCCUGCGCUGCUGCCAUUGGACAUGAAGGUGCUGCACGCGCCCUGGUGGAGGCCGGCGCAAGGAGGGUCCCUGUGCAGCGCUCUGCCGUGGUUGGCGCAGAGCCGGACCCGUCCUUCCAGUGGCUCAUCACGCUCGACUCGGACGCCGCCGGGGCAGGAAGUUGCAUCCUGGACGAUACCUUGGCUGACGACUUCCUAUGCCAGGUGGACCACCUUUUCGCAAGCUUGCCUGUGGCGGCGCGCACGAAAAGCUGCUCCUCCGACCGUAGCUACUACUGCGACUCGGAAGGAUGGAUACAGGAAGCAUUUCAGCGUGCUUUCCUUGCCGCCCAAGACAAGCACCGAGAGCUGGUGGAUCUUCAGCUGGAGGUUACAAUGCCUCAUAUGCGCUUCCUGCACUACGCAGAUGUGGGAGGUGGUCUGCCACCGCACCUCGACCUUGUGCGAACUGACGAGAAGGGAAGACGAUCCACUCACACCUUCAUCCUGUACUUAAGCGACUGCUCUGGUGGCGGCGGCGAGACUGUGCUCCUCCAUCGCAUGGAGGAUAAUGCCAAGGCUGUUCUUGCUGCCGUCGAACCUCGCAGAGGGCGGUUGCUGCUGUUUCCCCACCUUUGCCCGCACCUCGCGCGGCCCACGGUGGUGGUCCCGAAGCUCCUGCUCCGUGGCGAAGUCCGGCUCUGCGCGGCUCAGCAAGGUAAAAAGAUGCCCGCAUGGUACCCUCGUCUGCACGUCUUGAUGUUCGGCACUAGAUUCCGACAGCAUGUCUAA